AUGGAGCACGCAGCCCGAGCUGGAGAAGGGUACAGCGCACAGCACCCCGUCCCUACAAUCCAACAAUAUCAGGCAACUCAAGAUGCCCUAGCCCGCCAAUCUGAGAAUACCUGUAUGCAGAAUAAACCACCCGUACCACCUAAGGAUGACCUGGACACUGGUCCUGCCGCCCAGGGGGCGACCGAGCUCACCGAGAAACAAAAACUGAUGGAGAAGAUCAAGAAGCAUGACAAACCUGCCGAGAGGCUUGAGAAGAUGCCGAAAGGCCAACAUAAGGUUACAGAUCCCGUAACUGGUCUCGAGGUGGUCACCAAGAAUGCCGAGUUCAAGGAUUUUCCCCCGGUGUCGACCCUCGACCCGGGAGACGCGGAUGGGCCCGCGCUGCAGCCUGCUACCGGAGGUGAGGGGCAAGACAAGAAACAUGCGAAGAGCAAGUUCACCUCCCCCGCUGGCGCAAAGUUUGACCCGAAGCACGAAGCGCCCAACCCUGCCCACGCAUCUAACAUCAGCUUGCAGCCUUUUCCACCUCCGGCGCCUGUAUCUCUCAAUCAGGUCAUGCGCAUGAUGGACAUCCUCCAGCUUGCUUUGUUCCUUGCUCCGCUCUUCCUCUGGUGGUUGCUGGCUUUCCGCCGCGGAUGGCUCAACUUCCUCUUCGUCUCACUCCUCAUGCCUACAAUCUCGAUCGUUCUCACUACCCUUGCCAGUCUCGCCCAGCGCAAGCUAGAAAAAGAAGUCGAACGCGUACGACACGACCUACACACCCAGCGGGGGCUUAUGUAUUCGCCCCCGACGCCAGAAAGCACAGAAUGGCUCAACGCGUUCGUCAGCACCUUCUGGCGGCUCAUCCCGCCUGACAUGUUCGUCCCUAUCGUGGAUAUGAUAGAGGAUGUGAUGCAGCAGUCUCUACCUGCAUUUGUCCAGGCAGUUCGGAUCUCCGGUUUGGGCCAAGGUGACAACCCCCUCAGGAUCCUGUCAAUGCGCGCUCUUCCGGACAGGCCUGGAGAUCCCGAUUAUCCGAAAGAAGAAUGGAUCGACCAAGGCACCGGGGAGAUCCUCAAGCACCAAGCUGAAGACCGUGAAGCCGGAAAGGACGCUGACCAGGCAGGCGACUACGUCAAUUACGAAGUCGCAUUCGCUUACCAAGCCAGGCCGGGGCAGGGCGAUAGGCUUAGGGCGAAGAACAUUCAUUUGUUGAUUGAGUUCUUCUUGGGCGCAUUCGAUUGGCUGCAUAUACCCAUCCCGAUCUGGAUACAGGUCGAGGGCAUCGCAGGCACUGUAAGGCUCAGGAUCCAGUUCAUCCCCGAGGCGCCGUUUGUCGGUGAUCUAACGUUUACCUUCAUGGGCGUCCCCGCCGUCGAAGUCUCCGCAAUACCCAUGCUUCGCCAGCUUCCGAACAUCCUCGACCUCCCGCUCGUCUCCCGCUUCGUCAAGAUGGCCAUCGCGGCCGGCACAGCGUCCCUCGUUGCGCCCAAUAGUAUGACGCUAAGUAUCAAGGAUCUGAUAAGCAGGGCGGUGGUGGGUGACACCCGCGCUGUGGGUGUGCUCUUGAUCACUGUACAUCAUGCGGAAGGCUUGUCGGCGCAGGACUCGAACGGAAAGAGUGAUCCGUAUAUCGUGCUUGCUUACGCUAAGUUUGGUAAACCCCUCUACUCCACUCGCAUCAUCCUCGAAGACCUCAACCCGGUAUAUGAGGAGACCGCCGCCCUGCUCCUUACGCAGGACGAGAUCAAAGCUGAAGAGGAGCUUUCCGCUAUGCUCUGGGAUUCUGACAAGCGAUCAAAUGAUGACCUUAUCGGCCGGGUACAUAUCCCCGUCACGGAGCUGAUCAAGAACCCCAACAAGGCCCUGCACCGUACAGACUCACUGGUGGGGUUCGAAGAAGCGGACAAGAUGAAGGGCACUCUUUCGUGGUCAAUUGGAUAUUUUACGAAGGUUCCUUUAUCGAGGGAGCUCGAGCUUCCGCCUGAUGGUCCUCUCCCGCCACCAAGGAAGACCGCAACGGAGAUGGAGAUGAAGCCUGGUGACAAGGCGCCCAACCCUGCGGCCCGGAACCUCCCCCCGCCCGAGCCGGACGUCCAGCGUACGCCUCCCAACCCGAAAUACAAAUCUGGCAUCUUGUCCGUUAUCGUACACCAGAUCAAUAAUUUGGAGAGGCAGGAUCUCGGAGGAACUACGGGGAAGGAUAGGGAGGGCCGGGCGGGGCAGGAUACGGACCAGGCCAGCGAGCAGGAGGGGAACCUCCCUAGCGGGUACUGCGAGAUUGUCAUCAAUGAUGAUAUGGUUCAUAAGACUCGGGUGAAACAAUAUACAACGAUGCCCUUCUUCGAAGCGGGCACCGAGGUGUUUGUCCGCGACUGGGAGAAGUGUGUCGUUCGUGUCGUCGUCCGCGACUCGCGGUUGCGCGAAAAAGACCCCAUUCUGGGCAUCGUCACCCUCCCCUUGAAGAAAGUGCUCGAACAGGCCUCUGAGGUCACGCGUCUUUAUGCGCUAGAGGAAGGCGUUGGGUGGGGCCGUGCGAACAUCUCCGUCUUGUUUAAGGCGAUCGAUGCCAAGCUGCCACCUAACCAGCUUGGAUGGGAUACGGGCACCGUCGAGCUGUUUGGACCGGUCAAGAUCGAGCCCGUGGGCGAUGCUAAUGCCCAGUGGAUGUCGAAGGCCAAACGCCUCGUGGCAUCUACGACAGACAGCACCGAGGUCAUCCCCAAGUCUGACGCCGUAAUCGAGAAUAAUGUCAUCUCGUGGAACUUUGAUGACAAGGUCCGCCUGCCGGUCUAUGACCGAUAUGCCUCGAGCUUGUCUUUCGAGAUUGGUGGAGGGGGCGUCUCUGUUCCUGGAGUGAGUAGCAAGCCAGAUGCAGUUGCGGUUCUUUGGCUACAGGAGCUCGAAGACGAUAAGGAAGUGGAUAUCCGGAUCCCGGUCGUCACUGGCAAGGAUAUCAAGGUGUUGAAACAGAAUGUGCUCAACGAGCAGGGCAAGAAGACCCACGAGCUUCAGGUUCUUGGCUACCUCACGACUAGGAUCAAGUAUGAUUCUGGAUUGGACGAGGAUCAUGAAUCCAAGUCUUCUUGCCAGGCAAGAAGGCACGCGUUCGAGACCUACGAUCAUGUUGAAGGGGGAGCGAUCAUCGCCGAGCGCAAUGCGCACGCGAUGGACGACGGCGUGAUUGACCGCAAAGAACAGAAGGCUAUCGAUCAGGCGCAUAAGCGGCAGCUUGAGAACCGGCAGAGGGGAAUCGCCAGCUUUAAGCCAUACCGUACGCUUAAGUGGAUGGAGGAGGGUGUGAAGCGGAGAGUGGUACCGAAAAAGAGCUCGACAAAACGCGAGCCGGUGGUGCAGAGCGAAGCUUAG